GUCACGUGACCGUCGCCUGCUUUAAGCUGAGCGGGCACCUCUGCUCGGGGUUCCGCUCCGGCUGCAGCUCCUCCGCCCGCCGCCAGGAUGAUGUGCGGGGCGCCCUCCGCCACUCAGCCCGCCACGGCCGAGACCCAGGCCAUCGCCGACCAGGUGAAGCCCCAGCUAGAGGAGCAGGAGAAUAAGAAGUACACUACCUUCAAGGCGGUGGAGUUCAGGAGCCAGGUGGUUGCAGGGAGGAACUACUUCAUCAAGGUUCAAGUCGACGAUGAUGAGUUUGUGCACAUUCGAGUGUUUCAGAGUCUCCCGCACGAAAACAAACCCUUGGCCUUGUCCAGCUAUCAGACCCACAAAGCCAGGCACGACGAACUGGCGUAUUUCUAGUUCCCGCUCUGAACAUGGCCCGUCCGUGUGGUUCUGUCCUCUGUGGACACGUCUGGGGUCAUAAACGGGUGCCAUUUCUUCACUGGGGGGGGGGGGCGGUGUCGCGCAGCUCUUCUGACUUGCGUUGGGAGAGACAAAGUCAACCCAACCAGCGAUCUUAAUUACUUUCAAAGAAGGCUUAUAUUCCCUUUUAAAUACAUAUUUUUAAGUCUUGGCAAAUUUA